AUCGGAGGGGUCGGGGGAGGUUGCUGUUGACACCCUUUCUUCCAGACAGCAUCAAACUGUGGACAAAGAGACUUCAGGGGAAGAAGAAGUGACAACAUCUCAUAGCUGGAAACCAGAGUCCAGACUUCAUGGAUCAAGAAGCGCAUUUGCGUCCAGAUGACGCUAAAGACCUAUUUGCCCUCAUCAGCCGAGCCCUGCAAGGCCUCCAGGAUGCUGUCGCCACGGUGAUCUCGCACGCCCGUCAGAAAGCCGUGCAGGGAUUUGUUCUGUUCUUUGUCGUCACCCUGCUCUUCUUAAUCUCUGCCUUCUUAUACGGCAGCUUCUACUACUCCUACAUGCCACUGGCGGCUUUUCACGCACCUGUGCACUAUUACUACAGGACGGACUGUGAAUCUCCCGCCUCUUUUUUGUGCUCUUAUCCUGUGGCCAACGUCUCUCUGAUGAGGAAUAAGAAACAUGUGCUGACAUUCGGUCAGCCCUAUGAGAUGUCUCUGCAGCUGGAGAUGCCCGAUUCUCCGACCAAUCAGGAGCUGGGGAUGUUCAUGAUCAGGACGACCUGUUUCUCCCGGGGAGGACGGAGAGUUGCGUCCUCUGCUCGCUCUGCAACAAAGCAGCUGUCCGCCUCCAGCUCUCGCUUUGGCGUGCUGCGAUACCGCUCAGACCUGCUGAGGUACCUGGGAACGCUGCUGUUCCUCCCGGCCUUUCUGACCGGGGUCGCGGAGCAGAAACAAGUGCUGCAGGUGGAGCUCUUCUCGGACUUCACGGACGACCCUUAUUUCCCCUCGAUGACGGCCGUCAUUGAGAUCCUGUCCAGCAAGGUGCAGAUCUACUCAUCUCAGCUCCUCAUUCAUGCUCACUUCACUGGCAUGAGAUACUUGUUGUUCAACUUCCCUCUCCUGUCAACCAUGGUGGGCGUGUCCACGAACUUCAUCUUCCUCAAUGGCGUCUUUGCCCUCUGCUACGUGCGGCUGGUGUUGAGAGUGGAUUGGCGAGCGGGGCAGAUGGCAUCAGAUGGACUGCCGUCAGAUGGGGAUGAGAACACAAAGAACCACCAAGAAGAUGCUGCAGGUACUGAAAGGCUGUUGUCCCCUUCAGACGACUCCAAAAAGCCGGAGCCGAGCGAGGCGCCACCCACGAGCGCCAACGAGGAGGUGCCGCCCCGACGGGCUCACGGUCAGGUGGACUCGAAGGAAACAGAGGCAGCCUGAUUAUUACAGGAAAACAAGAUCUGAGAUGCUUCUGAAAUCAUGUACACACUGCAGAGCGACGCUGCUUUAAAUGUACAUGUUUGACGCUGCAUCAUGUCAUCUGUGUUUCAGAAGUCAAUUUUCACUGAAAAGGAAUUUAAUCUUUUAGUGCAGGAUAAUACAUGUUUAAAAGGAAAGUUAGAGCCAUAAAUAGAAUACGUUUGACAAAAAAAAUAUUGUCUUGUACUGUUUUGCUUUAGUAUUAAUGAUCUCACCAGCACCUUUGUGACUUUUCAUUCUCAGUGUGUUUGAUCUGUUGGAUAAAUAUAUGAUAUUAGAAUAUAAAUAAGCACAUGAAUAAAUAAAAAUGUGAGGUACCCUCGAAAUAGUUGAAUAAGCAGACACAUUUAUUAACACUGACUUAAACCCAUUAGCUUUCAUGUCAAAAAAGGUUUUCUUUCAGACAUGGAGCUUCGUUUGCAAGUCAUAACUAACAUGCUGUAGCUUAAAUACUACUUUACAUUGCUUAAAACCUUUAUGUCAAAAUGUUCUUAUAAGUGUAAAAAACGACCCCCCAAAAGUAUUAAAGUAUUAACUUUAAACCUGUUCAAAAAAAAAAAACUUCUGUCAAACUGCAAUAAAUCUUGAAAAAUGUU